CCCCACCUUCCCUCUUAGGGAGAAACCAACAACACUUCCUCUCUUUCAAAACCGCAAACCCUUUCGCCUCCUUUCUUCAUAUUUUUCCAAAAUCUUAAGGAAAAAUGGAGAAGUUGAGAUGUUGUGGCAACUUCCUUGAGAGUUCCAAACCUUAUUUUGCAAUGAUUUCAUUGCAAUUUGGGUAUGCAGGCAUGAAUAUCAUCACCAAAGUUUCACUUAACAGAGGCAUGAGUCACUAUGUUCUUGUCGUCUACCGCCAUGCUUUUGCCACUGCUGUCAUUGCUCCCUUUGCCUUAAUCUUCGAAAGGAGAGGGCAACCAAAGAUAACAUUCCCAGUUUUCAUGCAAAUUUUCAUCUUGGCUCUCCUGGGGCCUGUGAUUGAUCAGAAUUUCUACUAUGCUGGGCUGAAAUAUACUUCCCCAACUUUUUCCUGUGCCAUGAGCAAUAUGUUGCCUGCAAUGACUUUUGUCAUGGCUGCCAUGUGCAGGAUGGAGAAGAUUGAUGUAAAGAAAGUGAGAUGUCAAGCAAAGAUAGUGGGAACAAUAGUGACAGUAGCAGGGGCAAUGUUGAUGACAUUGUAUAAAGGACCCAUUGUUGAAUUGUUUUGGACUAAGAAUAUUCAUCCUAAACAAUCUUAUGCCGAUACAACUGGAACAACUGACAAAGAUUGGGUCAAAGGCUCCAUUCUCCUAAUAUUGGCCACCCUUGCUUGGGCUUCCCUCUUCGUCUUACAGGCAAAAGCAUUGAAGACAUACAAGAAUCAUCAGCUUUCUCUAACAUCAUUAGUGUGUUUUGUGGGGACAUUGCAAGCUAUUGUUGUUACAUUUGUAAUGGAGCAUAAGGUUUCAGCUUGGCAAAUUGGCUGGGACAUGAACCUUCUAGCUGCCGCCUAUGCUGGAAUUGUGACAUCAAGCAUAUCAUAUUAUGUUCAAGGAAUGGUGAUAAAGAAAAGGGGUCCAGUUUUUGCUACUGCUUUCAGCCCUCUGAUGAUGAUCAUAGUUGCAAUCAUGGGCUCUUUCAUCUUGGCUGAGAAAAUCUUUCUUGGAGGGGUGAUAGGUUCGAUUUUGAUAGUGGUGGGGCUUUAUUCUGUCCUAUGGGGAAAACACAAAGAAAACAAGGAGAGAGAGGGUGAAAUGGAGAUUGAAGAUGAGCCAAUUAAACCUAUUCAACCAAAUAUGUUGCUAGUUGGAGAUAUUGAAGCCAAUCAAGUGCUUGAAUUGCAAAAGAAUGAAGCUAAUGAUAAGCUCUCAACUCUUGUCUUAACCAUGCCAGUGCCUGAAUCCCCCAUUAAACACAACAGUGACCAUAAAUAAUUCAAGUUUAGUUUAGAAAUUGCAACUUUAUGGGAUGGUUUUUUAAGGACUUUUUGCUCCUUAUAUCUAUCAUUUGUAAGAGAAUCUUAGAUACUAAUGUUAUAUUUGGUUUUCUUUUCUUUUUUCUUUUAAGUGAAAAGUAAUUAAUGUUGUAAGCUAAUGCUGCUAAGGGUUUUAUACUAAAGGAAAAUUUGAGAGAA